AAGGUGUAAUAAUCAAAGGAAAAAGAAGAGGAAAGGACGAAGGAUUUAGAGCAUUGAUAGAUAUAAAUAGGGAGGGAAGCAUGAAUGAAUAAAUAAUUUUGGUUGGAAGAAGAGAAGUCUGUCCGUCUGUCCAAUCAUUCAUCAGAGUAGCAAUUGGAUCGGAUCUACAAAAACAACACUUGUCGUUGUUGCUGCUGCUGCAAAAGCAGUAAUCCCAAUUGGGUUUGUUUGUUGUUGGGCUUCCCACCCACUUCCAAUUCCAAUUCCAAUUCCAAUUCCCCUCUCUCUCUCUCGAGUUGAGUUGAGUUGAAUUGAGAUCCGGGCCGUGGGCAGUAUGAAAUCGAUGGAGGAUGAAUCGUGGACGUGGUCUCCCGGGGAAUGGUGAAUCUUGGGAGUAGGAGGAGGAACCAUGACCCAUCGCACCAAAGGAGAGCAGGAUGAUGAAGAUGAGGAGGAGGAGGAAGAGGAGGAGGAGGAGGAUCGCUUCUUCGAGUCAUUAGAUCGAAUCCCUUCGUCCUCUGCUUCUGGAUCCGAGACAGAAGACGACUCUCUCCUCUUCACACCCUCGGCAAAUCCUGCAACAACAAUGGUGAUGUCGCAGUAUGAGGUGUGGAUGACAGAGCCCGCACCCGUUGGGGAGCGGCGCAUGCGCCUCCUUCAAGAGAUGGGGCUCAGCCAUGACCGGGCCCUAACCAGGCUUGCCUCCGUCGUCAACACCUCCGCCAAUUCUUCUUCCAUCCCCACUGAAACAUCUCGGAGGCAAAUGACCGCUUCUGAGUGUUCCACCAGUGGCCGUGCCCCUCCGCCCUUGGAGGAAGAGGAGAAUCGCAAAGAUGCUUCCCAUUGUAAAUCAAGUAGUAGACCCGCUGCAGCAGCAGCAACAGUCGCAAUGCUGGGGUGCCCUUGGGCCUCCUGCGACCAUAUCUCCACCACAGCAGCCAAUGUUCCUCCUGGCAUCGCCCGAUCCAGGUCUGAUGGUGGGACCACCUGCUCCCUUCCUAACAACGGAGAUGUCGAAGCAGCAGUUUGUCCGCAAAGGCAUGCUGUGAAUGGCAAGGGGCACCGAGGAGGCACCCGUUCCUCUUGUGAAUUUCAGGGGAUGGAUGAUGAUGAUGAUGACGACGACGACGACGACCGAGAUACUGAUGCAGCAUCAGCAGUGUGCAAGAUCAAGAAUUUGGACAAUGGCAAGGAGUUCAUAGUGAAUGAAUUCAGGGAAGAUGGGACAUGGGACAAGCUCAGGGAGGUGGGAACGGGGAGGCAGCUCACCAUGGAGGAAUUCGAGAUGUGUGUUGGCCACUCUCCCAUCGUUCAGGAGCUUAUGCGCCGCGAGGGCAUAGAACUCACGAACAACUGCAACAACAACAAGGGGGGCCUUCUUGGCUUCAACCUCAACCUUGAUCCUUGCAGGAAGAGCUGGUCAAAGCCCUCAUCCUCCUCGUCCUCAAAGAAGAGAGGAGGGGGCUGGUUGAAAAGCCUAAAGGUUGCUGCUGCCACUAUGGCUGGUGGGGGUGGAGGCAGCAGUCGGGAUAGAAGGAGCAGCGAUGAGAGGGACACUUGUUCAGAGAAAGGAGGGGGAGGGAGGAGGUCGAGCUCUGCCACCGAUGACAGCCAGGAUGCCUCUUGUCACACCUACGAGAGGACCAGGGUUCGGCAGUACGGGAAGUCUUGCAAGGAGCUGACUGCCCUCUACAUGAACCAAGAGAUACAGGCCCACAAGGGAUCCAUCUGGACCAUUAAGUUCAGCCUUGAUGGUAGAUACCUCGCCAGUGCUGGUGAGGACCGUGUCAUUCAUAUUUGGCAGGUCAUGAUGGAGCCCUUCUCCUCUGAUAGGAACGAAGAAACUAAUCCUUGCUUCUACCUCAAUGGUUCACCUGAUCCGACAAACACAUUGGUGUCAUUGAAUACAGCAGACAACCAGGCAGACAGGAUGACAAAGAGAGGAAGGGUCUAUGCCAACAACAGGAAGUAUGCAAACUCGGAGCAUGUUGUGGUUCCUGAGAAUGUGUUUAUGCUGUCGGAGAAGCCUGUUUGCUCCUUCCAAGGCCACUUAGAUGACGUGCUUGAUCUGUCCUGGUCCAAAUCUCAGUUUUUGCUUUCAUCUUCGAUGGACAAGACAGUCAGGCUGUGGGACAUGUCAAGCAAGUCUUGUAUUAAAAUAUUCGCACAUAAUGAUUAUGUGACUUCCAUUCAGUUCAAUCCUAAUGAUGAUAAAUACUUUAUUAGCGGGUCACUUGAUUCCAAGGUCCGUAUAUGGAGUAUUCCAGAUCGUCAGGUUGUGGAUUGGAGUGAUCUGCAUGAGAUGGUCACUGCUGCUUGCUAUACACCAGAUGGCGAGGGUGCAUUAGUGGGUUCACACAAGGGGAGUUGCCGCUUAUACAGAACUUCUGGUAAUAAGUUGCAACAGGAAAGCCAAUUGGAUGUGCAGAGCAAGAAAAAGAGAUCCCAUUCCAAGAAGAUUACAGGUUUCCAGUUUGCCCCAGGAAAUUCAUCUGAAGUGUUGAUUACAUCAGCUGACUCUCGGAUACGGGUUUUUGAUGGUGUUGAUCUUGUUCACAAGUUCAAAGGUUUCCGCAAUACAAGUAGCCAGAUCUCAGCAUCCUUCACAGCCAAUGGGAAGUACUUGAUAUGUGCAAGUGAGGACUCUCAUGUGUACAUGUGGAGAUACGAUAAUAGUUGUCGAGCUCCUGGAACUGGCAGAAGCAAGAGCAUGACCCGCUCCUAUGAGCACUUCCACUGUCGAGAUGUUUCUGCAGCCAUCCCUUGGCCCGGCAUUGCAAAGCCUUCUUCCUCUUCUUCUUCUUCUUCACUUUUGUCUUCUUGUGCUCGAUCUGUGUUGAAGCCAACCCCUCUGCUGAUUCCACCCAGAGCCCCUCGCUUUGAUGACCCCCCCCGAUCACCACAAUUAUUAAAUCACACAAACGACGGGGUGGUGGGUAGAAGUCCAUUAUCUUCCCCUCAUGGCCAUGCUCAAAGCCCACGUCUCUUGUCAGAUAGAGGAGGAGCAGCAGCAACGUGGCCUGAGGAGAAGCUUGUCCACAGGCAGGGGAGGCAUAAGCCAUCAUCAUCAUCAUGCUUUGAGGGCAGUGAGUUGCAGGCUCGAUCAGCGACUGCGGCUGCUUGGGGCUUGGUUGUCAUUACAGCCGGCCUAGGAGGGGAACUCAGAGCUUUUCAGAAUUUCGGCCUUCCUGUUGGGGUUUAGGUUUACACGCACAUUUUCCUUGAUGCUCUCUUCCUUACCCCCAUCUUGUUUGCAAGAAAAAGCAUAAAAAAGUCAAAGAAAGAGGAAGGGAUUUUUUAUCACCACUGUCUGGUACUCCCCAUCCUGUUAACCUCCCCUCCCCCCUUCCUCCUCCUCUCUCCAUUGGAUUGUGUACAGAAAUUAUCAUGAUUGUAACACUUGUGUUCUACAUUUCCUAUGCUCAAAUAGAAUGAUUUUUUUUUUCAUGUG